AUGAACUUGACAGUGAGUUUUGUGUCAAUUUGUAUAUCAUUUGCAGCCAUUUUGUUUGGGACCAAAAUUUUCAAACCUUCUAGCUCGGCAAGUACAAUAACCAAGAUGACUAAGGCUUCUUCAAUCCCCAACCCUAAUCCGUUUCCGACGUUCUUUCUUUCGCACGGUGGUCCAACUUUUAUGUACAGAGACCAGGACUUCGUGAACAAAGGUGCCUAUGAUGCAGUGAAGAAACUCGGGAAAAGAAUCAAGAAUGAGUUGAAGCCCGACUAUAUCAUAGUCGUUUCUGCUCAUUGGCAAUCCUCUGCUUCUAACCUCAUCGAGAUUGCCGUACCCCCCAAGCCUCAUGCAUUGGGUAAUACCAAUUCGUUCAGUUCUGGUGAAGCCCAAUCAAGACUCCUUGAUCCGGAAAUUGAAAACCCAUUGGUGUAUGAUUUCUAUGGUUUCCCUAAAAACAUGUACAGAGAAGAAUUCCACACGAAGGGCUCCAAAUCUAUUGCUUCUCAAAUCCAGGAGAAAUUACAGGAAGAAGGCACCUUCAAGUCACGCAUAACUCCUAGAGGAAUUGAUCACGGUGUUUGGGUUCCAUUCAAUAUUGCCUUUUCUAAUUUCACCACAUUGACCAACCCUCAACCAUCCGUAGAAUCUAUUGGCUGGGAUUUGCCUGAUACCAAGGUCAUUCAAGUUUCGCUUACUUCAAAGGAUAGAGAUUUUGAGACCCAUUUUAAGUUGGGUCAACAGUUAGACUUCUUUAGAAAGAAUUCAAUAUGGGACGAAGACCAAGGCAGAUAUUUGAAUGGUAUGAUUGUUUGCUCUGGUAUGAGUGUUCACAAUUUGCGUGACUUGGGGUAUGUUUUCGAGGGUAAAAUUGCCCCAUAUACCAAGCCAUUUGGUGAACUUUUAUCUAAGCUUGUGCUUACGAAAGACAGCGACUACUUGAGCGCAUACAAAGAAUUGCAAACAAAUCCUACUUACAGUAAGUUAUUGUAUCUGUCUCACCCAACUACAGAGCAUUUUGUGCCUAUUGUAGUUGCCAGUGGAAUUGCUAGCAAUGCAAAUGAUACACCAAAAGAAUUAUAUAAUGCCUAUGAUGGAAGUCUAGCAUGGGGUAUGUAUGAGUUCACUCCCAAAUAA